CACUGGUACACUCAACAUGGCCGCGCAUUCGGUCGCUCAGAGGAAUCAUUUCUUGAUUCGACUACUUACGUCUUAAAUACUGUGUCAACAGCUGCAGCUCUCGCUAAAUAUUCUCACUUUUCUGUGCUCGUAAACAAUGGCAUUUAAUGACAUACCCGUCGACACUUUAAAAAUAAAAAUAAAUGAACUUAAGCGGUUUCUCUCCAUAUCAUUAAGUAUCUCAAAUGCGCACACUGUGGACUUUUACACGCGUGAUGUUUGGAGCACGUUUAUGUGUGUGAGCCCAGAGGAAGUGUUGUGUGCUGUCAGUUCCACACAAGACCGCAUGAGAGCGAUAGAAGAGAAGGAAAACACUACGUUUGGUUUCUGCAAUGCCUCAAAGAAGUUGGUGGACAUUUCAGCCCUGCUGAGGGCAGCGAAAGCCCACUGUUUACCAGGUCUGGGGGUCUGUAUGCAGCUGGAAGAUCUGAUGCAGAAUCUGAGACUGAUGACUGGAGACACUACAGCAGGACAGUCAUCAGACAAAGCAGUAACACCGGAUGAGUUUAUGAACUGUAAGAAGGCCCAUGAGGUGCAGGCAAUGUCUGAGGUUGUGGCUAGUUUGGCCAAAUACUGCCGAGUCAAACAGGUGAUAGACGUGGGUUCAGGCAAAGGCUACCUGUGCUCCUAUCUGUCCAUGCGGUUCAACUUGCAAGUGUUCGGGAUCGACUCCUCCAGCACCAACACACAUGGAGCUCAGGAGAGGAACAGGAAACUGAAGAAGUUCUCCAAAGCUUAUCAGAAACCGAACAAAGCCACUAGGAAACAAACUUUGUACAGUGAGAAUGAGAGUAUACAACACAGCAGAAACUUUGAAAACAGUGAUGGCAUCAGAAACUUUAUUACUGAGGAAACGGAAAGCUUUGAGGCUCGAGCGGAUAGCAGUUCUUUAUCAAAACAAGUCCCCAAUGAUUUAUCUGCUUCAGAUAAUGCUGCAGAAUGUCCAUUAGACCUGAAUGAUUCAGAUUCAGGAAGCAGCUUCCUCAGUAUGCUGUCUCUAGACGUCACAGAAGAUGUCUCUCCCCGCGUCAACCACAGCCAGCUGAGUCUGGAGGAAAGAGAGAAGAGGAAGAGAGAGAAUCUGGAGAGGAAAGCUAGAGAAGGAAGGGGGAACAUCAGAGACGACGGCCUGUUUUCCCCUCUGACCUCAUAUGUCACCGCAGAAACUGAGCUCAAGACGCUGAUCACAGAGCUGGAGGAUGCAGUUCUGGUUGGUCUGCAUACGUGUGGAGAUUUGGCCCCCAGCACUCUGAGGAUGUUCGGGGCCAAACAGGAGCUGUGCGCCGUUUGCAGUGUGGGCUGCUGCUACCAUCUGCUCUCUGAAGAGUUUGAUCACGACAGACAGGGGUGUGUUGAUGGUGUGUGUGGUUUCCCUGUGAGUCAGUAUCUGAAGGCUCAGGAGUGUUUCUGUGGUCGAAAUGCCAGGAUGUCAGCGUGUCUUGCUCUGGAGAGAGUGUCUGCUGGAGGAGGGCUGCCUAUGGAGUCACUUUUUUAUCGGGCGGUUCUUCAUGUUAUUUUACGAGAUCACUACGAUUGCUUUAAAAGUGAGAAACGUGUUGGGAACGUGUACUCCAAAGCCUCGUCGUUUGUGGACUAUGUCAGACGAGCGCUUAGGAAGCUGGAUCUGGAUGACACCAAACUAUCUGACAGUGACAUUCAGCGCUAUCAUGAACACUACAGCCCCAGAAUGAAUGAGAUGGUGGCUUUUAACAUGUUGAAAGUAAUUUUGGCUCCAUGUAUAGAGGGUCUCAUCCUCCUCGACCGACUUUGCUACUUGAAAGAGCAGGACAGUGUGUCUCAUUCUGCGCUGGUCCAGCUCUUUGACCCUCUCCAGUCCCCGAGAUGUUAUGCAGUUGUUGGUAUAAAGGAAUCUACAGUUUGAAGACCAAAGUUAUAGCCCUGCUGUUUAGUGUAAUUUAUUGAUUUAAUUUUCAUUUAUUCUUUUGGUAAAACUUUGUUUUAAACGUUUAUGUUAUUAAUGUUGUUUUUAAAGUAAAACGCAAACGAACUCUUGCCAAUUUUACAAAA